UAUAGUUUUAGAUCUGGUACUUUUUCCAUAGACUUGAACAAAGGAGGGAAGAAUGGGGAUUGGUGAAGGGAGUGAAGUUCUGAGUUAUGGGAUGGGAGAAAAGAGGUAUUUUUUUUUUUUUUUUUAUUGAAGUGAGAUAUGCAGAUUUGUGGUGGGAAAGGAAUAUGUAAUUAAAUAUGUGAUUAGCCUUUGCCUGACAUUGCUUUAAAGGAAGAUUAGGCAAAUUAUAAAAAAAAACAAACCUAUUUUGGCAUCUCUUUAUGACUCUCCAGGUAAAUUCAGGAAAACAUUAAUAGAAAUAUGGUAAGGGUUUUUUAAGAGGUCACUGAUAAUAAGAGAUUCAAAGGCAUAUGUUUACAACUAGUCAACCAUAAUGUCAAGACUCCAGGGAAAGACAUCAGGCCAGAGCAGAGAUAAUGGACAAGAACAAGGAAGAAAGGAGAGAAAGCUCAUACUAGAGACAAAGGAGAGAUUUAGAAGAGUUAAGGUAGUCAUAGAGAUGUAAGAAUAAGGGAGGUUCUGGUCGGGAAUUUCAGAAUAUUCCAUCAUGCAGAUAGAAUAGUUAGGGACAAUGGUCAUAGCACAGCAUAUGUAGAGGAAUAUAUGAGAUGUCAAAGGACCACAAGCUCCUCUGAUAUGAGAGCUUUUUAAGGCUACUCAUCUACCUUAGGUAACUCACCUAUGGCAACAAAAAGCUGUAGCAUGCACUGUUCAUACCCCAGGAAACUGUCUCAGCACAUAAGCUUAACCAAAUUGAAGGCAUUGAGGAUACAAAGAACAAGUGAAAGGCAGUUCAUGAAUUCAAGGUUACAUUUUACCAUACAGAGAAGACUUUACUGUCUCAAGGGACUGGCAACCCAGUAAGGAAGACAACAUAUUCAAAAAACUUUUAAAAUAGAAAAGUCUCAAUAAGGAGUUAUAAAUCUUAAGAGAAGAAAUGCUGCCUGUGAAGUCAAUAUUUGAUGGAUGGAUGAGUGAACUUAUGAAUAGGUGCUUAUUCACAGGAUUAAGAAAUAAAUGAAGUUAGUAACAAAUCUUUUGCUGGAAUACUUCAAGAUAGAAGCAGCAGUCAUGGCUGCUAGAGAGGCCUUUCCCUGUUGGUCAUCCACAAGCCCCCAGGACCGCUCUCAGAUCAUGAUUAAGUUGGCAGAUCUACUAGAACACUCCCUGGAGGAUUUUGCACAGGCUGAAUCAAGAGAUCAAGGGAAAACAAUCACAUUUGCCAGAACUGUGGACAUCCCACGAGCUGUGUACAACUUUCGCUUCUUUGCCUCUUCAAUCCUUCACCACACCACUGAUGCUACUCAGAUGGAUUCCAUGGGCUGCAUGCAUUAUACAGUAAGAAGUCCUGUUGGAGUUGCUGGCUUGAUUAGCCCUUGGAAUUUGCCACUUUAUUUGCUGACCUGGAAGAUCGCUCCAGCUAUUGCGGCUGGAAAUACCGUGAUUGCAAAGCCCAGUGAGAUGACGUCAGUGACUGCAUGGAUGUUGUGUAAACUCUUAGAUAAAGCAGGGAUUCCACGAGGUGUAGUGAAUAUUGUGUUUGGAUCUGGGUCCAAAGUAGGAGAGGCCCUGGUAUCCCAUCCUGAAGUUCCACUGAUCUCAUUUACUGGGAGCACACUGACAGCUGAGAAGAUCAUGCUAAAGAGUGCCCCUCACUGUAAGAAGCUCUCUCUGGAGCUUGGGGGCAAGAAUCCUGCCAUCAUUUUUGAUGAUGCCAAUCUGACAGAAUGUAUCCCUACUACUGUCAGGUCCAGCUUUGCUAACCAGGGUGAAAUCUGCCUCUGUACCAGCAGGAUCUUUGUCCAAAGGAGUAUUUAUGAGGAAUUUUUAGCAAGAUUUGUUGAAGCUACAAGAAAAUGGAAAGUUGGCCCCCCUUCUGAUCCUACAACUAGCAUGGGAGCUCUGAUAAGCAAAGCCCAUUUGGAGAAAGUUAGGAAUUAUAUAAAGAAGGCAUGUGCUGAAGGGGCAAGAGUUCUGUGUGGGGAGGGUGUGGAUAAUUUGAGCCUCCCCCCCAGAAACAAAGGGGGCUAUUUCAUGCUUCCCACUGUGAUCACUGACAUUAAAGAUGAAUCCUGUUGCAUGAAAGAAGAGAUAUUUGGUCCUGUUUCUUGUAUUGUUGCCUUUGAUACUGAAGAAGAAGUGAUUGAAAGAGCUAAUAAUGUGAAGUAUGGCCUAGCAGCAACUGUAUGGUCUAACAAUGUUGGAAGAGUUUGGCGUGUAUCUAAGAAAUUGCAGUCAGGAUUGGUCUGGACUAACUGCUGGCUCAUUAGGGAUCUAAAUCUUCCUUUUGGUGGAAUGAAAGCUUCAGGAAUUGGCAGAGAGGGAGCAAAGGAUUCAUAUGACUUCUUUACUGAAGUAAAAACAAUCACUGUUAAAUACUAAUCUUUGCUUAUGGAAAAAUUGUUAUGGUAAAUGUCUUUUAAUAGCAUGGCUACUAUAUAGUUGUGAAUAGAAAUUAUAGAAUGAAUUAAUUGAAGAUUAAGAGGGUAGGUAAAUGGAUAAUUUUGAUUUUAUAAAAAAAAUUUUUUAAUGUUGUACAAAUAAACCACUGAAGCUAAAAUUAGAUUGAAAAGGUAAAUGGGGAAAAACAUCUUUGCAUCAUGUUUCUUGGAUAAAAGUCUCAUUUCUAAGAUAAUUAAGAAGUUGACUCAAAUUCAUUAGAAUGAGGGCCAUUUUUCAAUUGAUAAAUAUAAGAUAUGGACAGGUACUUUUAAGAGGAAGAAAUUCGGUUUAUCAAUAGUCAUGAAAAAUAUUCCAUAUCAUUAAUAAUUAGAUAAAUGAACAUUAAAGAAACUCUGAAGAUAUACUUGCCAUAUACAAAUUUGCAAAGUUCACAAAAAAAGGAAAAUGACACGCUAGAGAAGUUGUGUGAAGAUAGUUACAAUGGUGCCUUGUUGGAAGAACCAUGAAGUGGUCAUACUAUUCUGAAAAGCAAUUUGAAACAAAUGUCCCAGAAGUUACUAAACUGUAACCCUUUGACCAAGAAAUACCACUAUGAAGCCUAAAAUCAAAAGAGAUUAAAUAAAAAAGAACCUAUAUAUACAAAAAAUUUUAUAUAAGUUUUUUAUAUGUAUGUAUGGAGAAUAAGGAACUAGAAAUUAAGGGAGUCCUUAUCAACAUAUGAUAAAGAAGGUAGUUUUAGAGAAGCUUGAAAAGGCUUUGUAAACAAAUGCAGAGUGAAGUAAGCAGAACCAGAACACUUUGUACAUCUACAACAACAAUAACAAAUUUAAGACAACUACAAAAGGCAUGGGAAUUCUGAUCAAUACAAUGAUCAUCCACAAUUUCAGAGGACUCAAGAUGGAAUAUAAUACCUAUUUCCUCUUAGAGCUGUGAAUUGGUCAACCCAUUCUAGAAAGUAAAUUGAAAUUAUAUGAAAAAAUCACUUGUUUUGUCAUACCUUUUGAUCUAGUGUUCCCAUUACUGUGCAUAUACCCCAAGGAAAUCAAAUACAAAGAUCUAGUAUUCACCAAAAAUAUUAAUUGUAACAUUUUUAUGGUAGAAAAAAGACCUGGAAGCAAAAUGAAUGCACAUCAACUAGGAAAUGAUUUGCAAAUGCAAUCAAAUCAUAUUACAUUAUAAGAAAAGAUAAAUGUGAGGAACUAAGAGAAAUAUUCAAAGACUUCUAUAAACUAAUAAAAAAUGCAGUAAGUAGAAUCAGGAGAACAAUAUACACAAUGACUCCAAUUAUAUAAUUGUCUUUAAACUGUGUGAAAAAGCAAUGAACUCUGAUUAAUUGUAAUGAACAGUGGAGGUACAAAUCAAUGGAUUAUGAAAAACACAUCUCUCCUUAAAUCGAAUAUAGUAUAUUCUGUCAAAAGAAGAUCACUAUAUCAAUUGCUUUUGUUUAAAGGUUUUUUUAAGAAAGGAUUUUAAGGUAGUGAUGGUUAAAAAGUGUUUAUUAAAGGGAAAUGACUGUACAGUAAAAACCAAAAGCUGCAAUAAAAACUGUUUUUUGUUUUUAAAAUAACAGCCCUAAAAUGGAACUAAGUGAUGGAUUUUUUUGGGGGGGGGUUUCACUCUGGAAGAGACCUAAGAUUAUCUAGUUAAUUGAAUCUUCUCAUUUUUAGCAGUGAGGAGAUUGAGGACCUUAGAAGUUAAUUGAUUGGCUUAAUGUCCCCAAGUAAGUAAGGAUCAAUGCUAGAGUUCAAACCCAAGAUUUUUGUGACUCCAAAUUCAUUAUGUUUUCCUUCAACUUGCUGGUGUCAUAGAAUAAGCUAUCAUUAUGACCUCAGUUUUUCUAGAUUCUCCAGGCACUAAAGAUUGGGCACAUGAACCAAACAAACCUGAUACUUUCACAUUUUCAUACUGUUGGAAGAAUGGGUGAAUUCAUACAUAAUAAUGAAAAAGUAAUAAAUAAUUUCAAUUCUUAGUUGUUUACCAUUUAAAAGAUGACCCACUGUGGUAGAUAACCUUCUUUAAAACUUCUUAAAGGUAAUAUAUGAUUAAAAAAAACUUCAAAAAUGAAUUGGUCCAAGAUAAAUAUUGAACUAAUUCAUUCAUAAUAAAAGCAAAGGUAUUUGUGGCACUGUGUAUAUUAUUCUGAGAAAUACUGUUACUUUUGGUCAAAGGUAAUUAUGGCAUAGUAGAAAUACAGAAGAACUUGGAUUCUAGUCUCAUGCUACCAUCUCUAUAAUUUGGAGGAAGUCACAUACUUUAUCUGAGUUUCAGUUUCCUCAUCUAUAGAAUGAAGAAA